GUCUUUCAGAUUCGCAUUGUGCACUGGGUUAUCCAUGGCUCCAGCCUUUGGUGGUCUCCUGUUGCUCGGCAUUCUGGGUGCAUUGUGGGCCCAGCGGGAAGUGGCCAUACAGCCGGGACCCCUGUUUCGUACGGAAGGGACACACAUCAGUAUCUGGUGCAAUGUGCGUGGCUACCAGGGGCCCUCGGAGCAGAAUUUUGAUUGGUCCAUAUACCUGCCCGCCGCCCCUGAGAAGGAGAUCCAGAUAGUCAGUACCCAGAAUCCCUCCUUUGCGUAUGCCCUGUACCAGCCGCGAGUGCGCUCCGGGGGCAUCUACGUGGAGCGAGUGAGCGGGGACCGGGCCCUCUUACAUAUCCGCCAACUGCAGGACCAGGACACGGGCGAGUACGAAUGCCACACCCCCAACACUGACCCCUCCUAUCAUGGCAGCUACAGCGCCAAGGUCAACCUGCAAGUUCUGCCCGACACCCUAGAGGUCACGAUGCCCCCCCAGGACCUGCAGAAAGCAGAGGGGGCCCCCCUGGAGUUGCACUGCCACGUGUCGGUGUCGCCCACUCAGCACACCCACCUGUCCGUCACGUGGCUACUUACCUCUGGCAGCGACACGGAAAUCCUGAGUCUGACCCGCGACUUUGAGCUCCUCCCAGGGGCGGGCUAUGGGCGGCGCUUCCAGGCCGGGGACCUGCGGAUGGACAAACUGGGCAGCGCCGACUACAGACUGCGCAUUGGGGCCCUGCAGGAGUCGGACCAGGGGCGGAUCUCUUGUCGGGCGCAGGAAUGGAUCCAGGAUCCGGGCGGGAACUGGACUGUCAUCACCCAGAAGCAGUCGCACAGAACCAAUGUCACGGUCCAACCACUGACAGGAAAUGAUUUUGAGGUUGAGGCCCAGGCUGCCGACUCCCCCAUCCCCCCCGGGAGCCCCCUACUGGUCACUUGCUCCAUCCACACCCUGGAGCCAUCUGGGCGCCUUUUCCAUGUCACGUGGCUGCUGGACAGUAAGAAAGUGGUCUCCCUGCCCCCCUCAGGCAUCCUCUCCGUCGAAGGGCACUUUGGGGCAAGAAAUACCCUGGGGCAACUCUCUGUAGGAAGAAGAACCCUGGUGUCCUGGUACUUACGGAUCAGCCAGGCCCUUAGGGAAGAUGGAGGCUCCUAUGCCUGUCAGGUCUCUGAGGAAGGAGCAGCUCAGGGGGCAACAAGGAGCAAAACCUCAGCCCCCGUGUCUAUCAUUGUGGCACAUAAAGAGAGUGAGCUGCGGGUGGUACUCGGCACUGCUGUACAGCCGGUGUAUGAGGGGAGUUCCGGU